AUGGCAUUUGUGAAUAAAGCUGAGCGAAAACUUGACUUUUACUCUUCAGGCACUUCAAAUCUUGGCCCAGGGUCCUAUUCUACAGCAAAAGAGUCUAAGCCAAAGCCGUCAUAUGCUCCAUUUUCGACAACUACUGAAAGAAACGUAAUGAAAUCAUUACCCACAAAUUCAGGGCCUGGUCCUGGCAGUUAUGCGACCACCACAGCUGAAUCUAUAUUAAACCCACACUCAAUUUCUGAAGCAAAAAACCUUUCCAAGCUUUCUUCUAAUUUUGCAAGCAAAUUAAGCCGAUUCAAAGAGAAAAGAAGAGAAAACUCGCCAGGGCCAGGCAGUUAUGAUCUAGUCGCUGAGUGGGCUCCUCAAAGAAAAGAGUCAUUAAAAAGAGAUGACGCAAUUAACUGGAUCAGGAUGCCGUCUGCCCCUUCAAUUCCUGCACAAAAUCAAGCUUAUGGAUACGAAGAAGCACCGUCCGGAGUCCUUGUGAUGCAGAAAAGCCCUCAAAAGAUAUACAGUGGGACUAAAAAAGACUGUGUAGGCCCUGGACAUUAUAACCCGAAAGACCCAUGAGAGUUGUCUCCAGGCAAAGGAACAGAGUGAUAUAAAAGCAACACCAAAAGAACUUUUAUUGCAAAACCCCAAACAGGCAAUAUAAUCGGCCCUGGGAGUUAUUCACAGAAUAAAUUACCGCUUGCUCCGCUAUAUAAAAGUAAACCGAGUGCUUCUUUUGUAAGCACUACGAAAAGGAUAGGAAUAAUAAAUGUUAAAUCAGAAGUAACUGAAGAAAAUGAAGACGGAAGCAGCACAGAAGGAGAUGAAGGAAUUCCUGGACCUGGGUAUUAUUAUAAAGAAGAAGCCUUUACAGGGUUCAAGAAAACAGAAGUCCCCAGACAUCUCCAAAACUUUGGAAGCAGGAGUUCAAGAUUCCAAUAUAAAAAUCCUGAUGUAAAAGUUGCCCCUGGGCAGUAUCAGGAGACUAGAAAAUCAAUUACAACCAAAAAAACUGCAAAGGCUCCUUUUGACUCUACUGAAAACAGGUUUAAAGAAUUUGUAGAUCCAAACCCAGGGCCAGGCAGCUAUAAGGAUGAAAAUAUUCUGGAUAAUAUUCAGAAAAAAGUGUGAGGGAAAGAAGGCGUCUUUGGAAGCACAGAAAAGCGAUUUGUGGCUCAUAGAGUUAAUGAAACCCCAGGGCCAGGAUAUUAUGUGGCUGAUGAAUCAAGGGUUGGAAUUCAUAAUUCUUCAAAGCAUAAGCCGUCCUCUGUUUUUUCCAGUAGAGUUAAAAGGGAUUUUUCACCGAAUCAGUCAGAAUCCCCUGCUCCUGGGCAUUAUGAAAUAUCUACUUCUAUUUCUGGAUCUAGGCGUAUUUCCCAUAAAACUGCAGUUUCUCUUAUAGGAAACUCAACUGAAGCACCGAAGAAGGUUGGAUUUAAUUCAAAUGUCGAGAGAUUUGACCUAGAUAAAAAUGCAAAAGAUCCGCUGGGGCCGGGGUCUUAUCAAGUUGAUCCAACUAUCAAACGCCAAGCCCAUUCUCCGAAAUUUUCUAUUUCUAAAGAAGAAAGGUUUAAGCAGAAGACACCAGAAGAGCUGCCGGGGCCUGGAGCUUAUCAUGACGAGUAUAACGAGCAAACUUGGAACAAAAAAUCUUAUAAUAUAUUAUACAUUAAUAGAUUGCCUAUGAUUUCAUUAUAUCUGUUACAAUAUUAUAUUUACGUUAGAAGUAUCAAUAAGUUUUCUCAGACCCCAUCACGCUUAAUUAAAUGGAGAAUAUAUUCUUUUUGAGUUUAUUUUAUUCUAACUAAUUACUUACUCCUUUCGCUUUAAAUUAAGACAAAAAGAUCUAUUCCAAUAUGAAGGGGUAAUUUUUUUAAAAAUUUGUAUCAAUUUUAUUUGUUAGUUUUGUUUAACUAGUAUACCUUCAGAACAGGUAUGGCUCGAUCUGAAACUCCCCCUUCCCUCCCCCCCACCCCCUGACGGUUUCAAUUUGAACGACAUUGUUAAUUCAAAAUGACAAGUCCCUCACUAAGGAUUUGACAAGUCAAAUUUAAUUUGUGGAUUUCAAUAAAUUUGAAACUGUCAGGGUGGGGAGAGGAGGGGGAUUCUCAGGUCGAUCUAUGACCGUACUCACGGUAUAUUUUACUUGUACUCUUUCUUAAAAUAAAAAAUCUAUAGAUAAAUUUCUGGGUAAUAAAAAGUAAAAAUCAAUUUUAAUUAAAUUAAGCCCAAUUUAUCCAAUUUUUUUGUUCCAAUUUAAAAGUUCGAGCCGAAAAAAAUUGGGACUCAAUUUAAAGGGAAGUUAAGCCAUUAUAGAUGACGAUUUCUUUUCCAUUGUAGGAAGCACACUUCUCGCAUAGCGAGGGUCAAGUGACACCACUUCAAUCAUAUUUUCCACCUCUCUCAGCUGAUUCAGCAAGGUGUGGCAAUCCGUUUCCAAGUCAUCAAUGUUAAGCUGGUUAUCUUUUUCUUCAAAAAUAAUCAUCUUAUGCUCUUGAUCUAUUUUUGCAUUGAGUUCUCCAUCAAUGAUCAUAUCAACAAGCAUUUCUUCGCACUCCCUUAUGCCAGUCGCCGCCGAAAUGUCAGCAAAUGAUAA